AUGGUGCAGAUCAGUAGGGGCGAGACGAAACAAGGUGGAGCAGAAGCGGGUGCGCUGCCGUGCCUUGAGUCGAGUGGCGGCGUACGGGUUCCUCACAUGGGGGUAGGCACGUAUGAGCUUCGCGGUGAGGAAUGUCGCCGUGCUGUACUGGCGGCACUGCGGUUAGGGUUUCGGCUUAUUGACACCGCAGCGGGAUACCACAAUGAGGAGCCUGUUGGGGCUGCCAUUGCAGAGAGCGGAGUGGCGCGGGAGGAGUUGUUUGUCGUAGUGAAGAUUGCACCGAAGGCGAUGCUGACGGAGGUGCUGGUCGAAACCGGCAUUCGUGAAAGUAUACGGAAGCUGCGGAUUGUGUACGCGGACUGUGUCUUGAUUCACUGGCCAGGCUGCGGUGGAUUCAAGCCGCACGAGGCGGAAGAGCACAAAGCGGCACGGCGUCGCUGCUGGAAGGUGAUGCGGGCCCUGCAGAAGGAAGGCGUCAUUCGACAUUUGGGGGUUUCUAAUUUUGCCCCGCGGCACUUUCCCGAUUUGGCCGAUAACGCUGAGGACGUGGCGCAUUUGUUUGACGCUAGCAAUCCAAGCAGACCUGUGAUAAAUCAGAUUGAGUUGCACCCGCUCUGCUUGCAGGAAGAUGUUUGCGACUUCUGUUGCAAGCGCGACAUCGUGCUUCAGCAGUACUCCCCACUAGCACAGUGUCAUGCGGAGCUGGUUGAGCACCCUGGGCUGUGUGCCAUUGUACGGGAGCGCUUCCCAGGGUAUACCGUGCACGAUGUGUUACUCAUGUGGGGCCUGAGUCAAGGUCUUUGCGUUCUGGUGCGCAGUCGGUCAGAGGAACAUUUAAGGCAAAAUUGGGCAGCCGCAAGAGCCUUUUUCGCGGAGGGGGCACUCAGUGACUCUCAGAAGGAGCAGUUGAAAAACCUGCGAGCCUCCAUGCAAGUGGUGGAGGAUCACCAUUUUUGUUGGCAUAGCGAGCAUAUUGACUAA